AUGACCGGAUUGAAAUACAUUCGUUUCAAAGAUGAAAACCAGUUGGAAGAAAAGAAAAAAGGUGAACUACUGAAUACAAUUCUUGCAUUAUUAUCGAUCAAAACAGAUGAACCAAAGGAAAGUCUUUCGGCUCCUCGUCCAAUCGAUGAAAUUCCAUCGAAUUCCACGAAUGAAAUACAACGGUGGUUUCAAUCAAACCGACUUUCGAAGGAUUUUUACGAUUUAUUUCAAUUCGAAACACGUGAAGAGCUAUUGGAUUAUGCACAAUUACUAUUUAAAGACCCCGAAAGACAAAUGAACAUCUACGAUAAGAUUUAUUCACAAAAAUAUCACGGAAAACAGAUGGCUUCGCAUGAAUUUCUUCGCUUUACGAAAGCUUUAAAACAAUUCGUCCAAGCUGAUUCGAGUUCAAUAUCAUCAACACAAGUCAAAUCCAAAAUAUGCGUUCUAUCCUGA